UUCCAACUGCACGAAACCAGCCAGACAGAGCACAAGAUGUGUCAGUAUCUGGAGUGGGAGCUCAAUGUGGAUCCGGUGGCAUUUAGGGAGUUUGAGGACAUGGUCAAGAAGUAUUUGGUAUGUCAACAACUUUACCCUUCUCACAUUCUUCCCUCAUCAUCCCAG